AUGCAGAGUCUUACGUUUGUACUGGUUUGUGGACUACUGUUUGUGCCAGAACCGGUUCCUGCCUGGAAAGCCGACACUGUAAAACUAUGGGCUAGAGCGCUUGGCGAUGAAUUGUGGAAGUUGAGUGAAGCCCUCACAAAGUCGGAUAAAAUUAAAAUCAAAUACAAACAAAUGAAUGCGAGCGUAAAAAAGAAGGAUGGCAAACAAAUAUUGGAGUCUUCACUACGUUCGGUAAGCACAAUGCUUACUCGAAAAAUCAAUGCCGUCAAGUGCAUUCAUGCGACGGCUGAGAGCUUGGCACAAAAAUUUAACUACACGGACAAAAUGCCCAAAGAUUUUCAAUAUUGUUCAGCAAAAUAUUCCAGCUUUGAAUAUGCAGACCCUGACGAUGAACCCGAGAAAGGGCCAGACUUUGAAAUACCCAAAUAUGUGAAGAAUGACACUAGUCAUUAUAUGAAUAUUUCUCUGGAGAGGGAUUCACACUUUUAUGAUAUAAGUGUCAAUACAAAUACAAGCUGUGUACAUGUACCGACUAAUAUAUUUGAUGGAGAAAACCAUACAUUAAAUUCCAUAAUGUGGUCAAAAGAAUUAAACGAUAUCUUUACAAAAAAUUAUAAGUCUGACCCAUCGCUCUCGUGGCAAUACUUUGGUAGUUCGCAUGGAAUAUUGCGAUUUUAUCCCGGGAUGCCAUGGAAUUUCCAACACACAGAUACAUACGAUUGCCGUGUCAAAUCAUGGUAUAUUGAAGCUGCUACUUGUUCCAAAGACAUGAUCAUCUUGUUUGAUGUCUCUGGUUCGAUGACUGGGUUCAAGAAUUACGUGGCUCGGAGAACGCUGCAAUCAAUUUUAGACACGUUGUCAAACAACGACUAUGUUAAUGUUUACACAUUUAAAAAUCAAACUCAUGUUGUUGUGGAAUGUUUUGUUGGACUUGUGCAAGCAACCCCUGAGAACUUGAAAACUUUGUUGGAUACACUUACACCAACAGAUAAUGGGAAAAAACAUAAAGUACCAUUGGAAGGUAAUGCAAACUUAACUGAGGCUUACAUGAAAGCUUUUACGACACUGAGAGAGAGAAGAGCACACUGUGACGUUAGCAGUACCCAGGGUUGUAAUCAACUGGUCAUGCUGAUCACGGACUACGUACCAGGCAACCUCACAGAGGUGUUUGAUACCUACAACAGAGAGGUGGUUAACAAUAAAACGUAUACCCCCGUUAGAGUGUUUACUUACCUUAUCGGAAAAGAGGUCACCAAUGUUCGGGAGAUUCAGUGGAUGGCGUGUUUAAACAGAGGUUAUUUCGUGCAUAUUCAUUCGGUAGAAGAAGUUCAGCAGCAGGUACUGAAGUACAUCAACGUGAUCGCCCGCCCCAUGAUCCUGGAAGACAAAGAGCCACCUCCGACGUGGACGCACGCUAAUAUUGACUCUACGCGUACAACAGAGUGGAAAGUAAGUGGUGAUAUCAGUAAACCCGACGAAGACAAAUUAGUGACGUCAGUAGCAAUCCCAGCCUUCGACUACAAAUAUAACAAGAUGAAAAACGAUGCCAUGCUUCUAGGAGUAGCCGGUACAGAUGUACCUAUCGACAGUAUCGCCAAACUUGCUCAGCCGCAUCAGCUUGGCGUAAAUGGCUAUUCAUUCAUUGUGAGCAACAAUGGAUAUUUAUUACUGCAUCCCUUGUUGAUAACAACGAUUAACGGCAACCUACAAACGAACUACAACAGUGUGGACUUUGUUGAGGUGGAGCAGGUCGAUGAUGGCAAAGGGUCACGGGAACUGGGAGAAAAGAUCACGCUUCUAAGAGAAAUGUUAGUCAAUGGUUCGGACGACGACAUGCAGCAAGUUGAAGUGCUGUACCAUUAUGACAAUAUGAGGCGGAUAUCUCGAGUAAAACACGACUACUUCUUUAACAAACUCGAAGGUACACCUUUUUCAAUGGGCAUUUCUCUACCUAAGGGAUAUGGAGACACAGAACUUAUGCUUAAAGAUAACCCUUUGGAAGCCAAGCAGGGGAAGGCGCUAACGGGCAUCAAUGUCACUGAUUAUUUUAGGUUUAGCUAUAGGGUACAUCCUGAUUGGGUGUAUUGUAAAUAUCAUUACUUGGAAGGACAUGAAACCCCAAAUUCAGAAGAAGAGGCGUGGAACUUUUUAGUGGGUCUUUCCAAGAAUGAGAUCGACAUUACCAGGCAACAAUAUACACAAGAAAAUUACACAAAGUUUACUGUGGAGACACAUUGUGGAACUACCCCUUUGGAUAUAAACGCCUACUACUGCAACGAAGACUUAGUUAAACAGUUGGUAUUUGACGCUAAAUUAACAACGCCUUAUUUUGAGACGUGGACCGCGUCUGAUGGCUUCGAUGAAAAUGAAAUGUGGGAACUUGCAAAAACAUAUAAUGUUAGCGUCAGAUUUAUCGCGACUUCCAGCGGUCUUACGAGGUGGCAUUAUAUUUUUGAUUCUACUAAAAAUGAGCAAGUUGACGACCACGGUAAAAGGAGCAAGGAGUAUGAGCACGAUGUAUUUGGAGAUAUUUACUAUAAGACUAUCGAAGAAACUUGGUAUCGAGCUGCGGUGCUCCAACACAUGAUAAAUAAUGAGUCUUUGGUUGUGGCUACACCUUUACCAAUAUUAGACGACGUCAUAAAGACAAAGCCGAAGGUGAUCAACGAGGACGGUGACAUUACUUUGACAGCCAGCUACGCCAUAUUCUACAAAGAUGGCAACUCUUCAACACCGGCCUCUGUCGUUGGUUUUCAAUAUUCCUACUUGAAGUUCUAUGAAAGAUUUUUGCAAAUCACUAAAGAAUUUACCUUGGAUGAAUCUAAUGACCCUAAAUGUAACUCAACCAAGUUCGAGUGCUACGUCAUUGACAGUUCUGGGUAUAUCGUUCUGUCGAAGGAUAAGAACCUAGUUGGCCAAUUCUUUGGUCGUGUUCAUAAUCAUGUUCUACAAUCGUUUCUGGACACUGGAAUUUUUGAUCACGUAGAAGUCUUCAACUACCAGGCUCUAUGUCCUGUGUCUAUAUUGGUCAAAAAGAAUAGCUCAUGGUCAUUAAAAACUCCUUUCACCGUUACAUUCAACUUUUUGACUUGGUUGAUAUCUGAGGCCCUGUUAUUGUUAACCAAUGUAUACAAUGGGAAUGAGUUCGCCUACGCAUCGGUCAUCGAGGAUCCUGACUAUAUCGAAAUAAUCAAAGAAGCGUACACAGAGCCGCCAACGACGUCACGGCCACCCUCUGCGGCGAAUGAAACCAUCUCUGGCAAAGAAAACAAGGGCCCAAUCCUGUUCUCCUGCGACCAUAGCGUUCAGCUGUACAUACUGAAUCAAUCAUAUUUCCUGGAAGUCGCUGGAGCUUCGCCUACUGUUGCAAAAGAUGAACCUGGACCGUGUCACCCCGCGUACUGGGCUUCCUAUGUCCCUAAAACAAAUUUGCUCCUCGUGGUUGUCGAAAAUGAUGACAACACUUACGAGAAUUGCAAAGAGCCACGAGACACAAAACCUAAACCAACUAGUGCAUCCACGGACAGCCUGGAACCUUGCCACAAACUAGAUUUGAGCAGACUAAAGCGGCGACGACUAGAAGGCUGCUUCACUUAUCAUGAUGGGGAGCGGAACAUCACGGAGUGUGGCAUCGCCAGCAUCGCGAAGUGCGACUUGCUCGUUAUGUUGAUCGCGUGCUGUCUACUCGCCUACACAGGGAUGAUAUCCUCAUGA